GGUGGGUUAAAUAAGAUUUCCCUUGAAGUCAAAUGAAAUAGCGGAUCACACGCAGGAACACACACACGCGCGCGCACACACACACACACACACACACAGGCACACGUUCUCUCGGGGAGCAAUCUGCGGCCGCCCCCUGAACCCCACCCAUCAGCCAGGUGCCUACCUCGGUCUGUGCGCCCAGGGGUGCAGCCCCGGAGGGGCGCACGGCCCCGCAGGUGCGGGCGCGCAGGGCGGUGGGCAGCGACGCGGGCAGCGGGCACCCCUCGUGGGCCCGGCCCCCCGCCCCGCCCCUCCGGGGUUACCCGCCGGCCACUCCGCGCGCCUCAGACUCGCCCGGAGCGCGGGCAGGCGGGCGGGCGGGCGCGCGGCUCCGCUUCGCGCGGUCCCUGGCUCUGUUCAUUCAUGAUUGGUACCCGGCCCCCCGAGAGCCAGCUCGAGCCGGGAGGGGAGCGGAGCGUGCGGCAGCAGGGGCGGGCGAGCGCGGCUCCCGCACCGCACGCGCCGCUGGCUCGGGAGCCUCGGCCGGCGGGCGCGCCGCCCCGUGUCCGGCACCGAGCAGGCUGCGGGGCAGCGUCCUCGGCCGGUGGCGCGCGAAGCGGCCCGGCCCGGUUCCGAAGGCUCGCGGGGAGCCGCUGGCCCGGUGAGUCAGUGCAUGUGCGGGGCUGAAGAAGGAAAGAAAAGGCUCCCAGCGCCCCAGCCCCACGCUCGCUGAAUACCAAGCUGCAGGCGAGCUGCCGGGUGCCUUUUUUUUUUUUUUUUUUCCUCCUCCAAUUCAGAGUAGAGGAGCCACACUGAUUUCUUUGCAGGGGAGGGGAGGGGCCGGGCAAGGGGUCCCAAGUCGCACACAAGUCUUCGCUGCCAUGGGGGCCGUCAUGGGCACCUUCUCGUCUCUGCAAACCAAACAAAGGCGACCUUCUAAAGACAUCGCCUGGUGGUAUUACCAGUAUCAGAGAGAUAAGAUUGAAGAUGAGCUGGAGAUGACCAUGGUUUGCCAUCGGCCUGAGGGACUGGAGCAGCUGGAGGCCCAGACCAAUUUCACCAAGAGGGAGCUGCAAGUUCUUUAUCGAGGCUUCAAAAAUGAGUGUCCCAGCGGUGUGGUCAAUGAAGAAACAUUCAAGCAGAUCUAUGCUCAGUUUUUCCCUCAUGGAGAUGCCAGCAUGUAUGCCCAUUACCUCUUCCACGCCUUCGACACCACCCAGACAGGCUCCGUGAAGUUCGAGGACUUUGUAACUGCUCUGUCGAUUUUACUGAGAGGAACCGUCCAUGAGAAGCUAAGGUGGACAUUUAAUUUGUAUGACAUCAAUAAAGAUGGAUACAUAAACAAAGAGGAGAUGAUGGACAUUGUCAAAGCCAUCUAUGACAUGAUGGGGAAAUACACAUAUCCCGUGCUCAGAGAAGACACUCCAAGGCAGCACGUGGAUGUCUUCUUCCAAAAAAUGGACAAAAAUAAAGAUGGCAUCGUGACUUUAGAUGAAUUUCUUGAAUCCUGUCAGGAGGAUGACAACAUCAUGAGGUCCCUCCAGCUAUUCCAAAAUGUCAUGUAACUGUGAACCCAGCCAUCUGGCUCUCAGAGACGUUGUACUGAACAACCACUUCUUAACACCUUGCUCUGCCCUCGUUCUGAUUUUACACACCGACUCUUGGGACAGAAACACCUUUUGCAUUUUGAAAGAAUUCUCCACUGGAGACUUUCUAUGGAACCCAGCAUCAUAUGGCUCAGUCUCUGAUGGCCAGCUCUUCCUUCUCCGUCUUCUUGAGAGAGACAAGAUGAAAUUGGGUUUGUUUUGGAAGCAUGCUCAUUUCUUCACACUGCUGCCCUAUGGAAGGUCCCUCUGCUUGAGCUUACAGUAGUGCACACUUUUUUGCUUGCGUGCCCCAGCCCACUGCCUCCAGCAGACCUUGAUGCGUCUGGAAGCAAGAUGACCUGAGCCAAAUGCACACCAUCCUCUGAUGGCCUCCCAAACCAACGUGCCUGUUUCCCUUCUUUUGGUGGGAAGAAUGAGCAUUACACAGAACAGUAUGAAUCCGUAUAUGACUAGAUUGGGAGAGCCAGCACCUAACAUAUGUAGGCUAGAACUGAAUUCUUAAGCAUGGCAUUGUCUGGUGACACAAAUUGCCCACAUCCUUUGUUUCCAGAGGAAAGAACCAAUAAUUCUCUCUCACAUUGGCAUCUGUGCUGGUAAUGCAAGUCCCUUAAUGUGCCCAGGAAGAGAGCCAAUGCCCAGUGGUCCAUGCCCUCACUCCAUCUCCUGCUAGAGCCCAGCACUGCAUGCCCCUCCCAGAAAGCCCAGAAUGCCUGAAAAUUGCUGUAAUUUUAUACCAUGUUCUAAUCAAUAAACAGAACUAUUUCUUACAC